CUCCACUAAUUCACAUACAUUUCAUUAUUUACACUUUACUAUGCACAUAAGUAAUAGAUAAUACAUUGUUCUAAUUACAGGAUUUCGAUAGUCAUUUCUUAUAGCUUUAAGUACAAUAUAAACUGGAGCCUGUCAAUCAGGUGUCCAGCUGGAUUUGGUAACGAUGAACAAGGACCGGAAUAAGGUGACCGAGAAGAUCCUGGAUCUCACCAUGGAGAUCAUGUCUCUGCUGACUGGAGAGGACUAUAUUGUUUUGAAGAAGAGCCCUGAGCAUGUGACAAAUGGCUGUAAUCCGUGUGUGUCAGCAGUGUUCUCCAAGGCCGAGAGCCUCAGCUUGGUACCCUCCUCAAACUUACCUAUACAUGAAAAAAACCAUGACCAGAAGAUCCUGGAACUAACCAAUAAGAUCAUUCAGCUGCUGACUGGAGAGGUUCCUAUAAGGUGUGGAGAUGUUGCAGUCUUUCUCUCCAUGGAGGAGUGGGAAUAUCUAGAAGACCAAAAGGAUAAUUCAAAAGACCACGCGGUGCAGAUCUACCAGCCCCUCAACUCAUUGGAUGGAGAUUUAGCAAUAGACCGCAAUGAAAGGCAUUAUGCAUCAGAUCCACAGGAGACUUUCUCAUACCCCAUCACCGCUGGACCUGGAUCACCGAAGAAUGGAGAAUCAGCGAUGGACAGUAUCUUAAAACUGUCGGAAUCCACACUGCAAAAAUCACAAGAGACUGUAACGUUGCUCCGGACUAUUUGGCCUGAAUCACCAGAGAACGGUAAAUCCACAGACAGAUGUAUACCUAGUGGAAAUAAUAAUCCCAUUUCUGUAAAUCGAGAGAAACCUGAUAUGAACAAAAGGAAAUAUCUAUCUAAGGAUGAUCCAUUGGACAUACCAUGCAAAUCUGUGAAACUUGAAAAAGAAUCAAUUUUAGCAGAAGAUCACUUUUUAGACCUUGACAUCAGAUACCCAAAACCAAACAGAGAUUCUAAAACUACUUCUAUUAAACAGGAACCAACCUUGCAUGAAGACACGAAUGCUCCAACAUCUACAGAGUGUACACAGACAGACUUUUCAUUUCUUUCCAUUAAGGAGGAAUCUGUCUCCCAUGAUGGAGAUCUCUCAGACGAUGACUUUUAUUCUUCCAUGGAACACACACAGACAGACUAUCCAUCUGCUCACUCGUCUUAUGAUAAUAUAUACAGCGCUGCACAAUGGAGAUCUGACAGUGAUUUAUACAAGAAUAUACGAACGUCCGAAACCUCUUGUUCUGAAUGUGGUAAAUGUUUUGAAAAUAAUACAAAUCUUGGACAUAAAACACUUCACACGGGAGGUAAACCAUUCUCCUGUUCUACAUGUUGGAAACGUUUUUAUUGGAGGACACAAUGUCUUGAACAUCAGAGAACGCAUACAGGAAAGCAACCAUUCUCUUGUUCUGAAUGUGAGAAGUCUUUUGCAAAUAGUGCAUAUCUCGUUAUACAUCAGGGGAUGCACGAAAAUCAAAUUGCACCGCAUGGUAUUCACAAAGGCCAGAUUUCUCCGCAUAGAAUUCACAAAGGCCAGAUUGCAUCACACGGAAUUCCCAAAGAUCACAGUAGACUGCAAGGGAUUGCUAAAGUACAUAAUGCUCCUUAUGACAUUUUCAAUGGAAAGAAUCUUCCUCAUAGCACUCCCAAAGCACAGAAAGCAUCCCGAGGGAGACCAAAAAAAAAGAAGGCAUCCCAAGGGUUUGCCAAAGGACAGAGAGCUCUCCAAAAGAUUCCUAAAGGACAGAAGGUUCCCGUAAGGAAUACCAAAAGACACACAGCUCCCCAAGGGGUUCCAAAAGGACAGCGAGCUGCCCAAGGGAUUGCUAAAAAACAGAAAGCAUCCCAACGAAUAACCAAAGGGCAAAGUGCACUUAAAGUCAUUCCAGAAGCACAGAGGGCUCCCCAGGAAAUUCCCAUGGAACAGAGUGCACCACUAGAGAUUCUCAUUGGACAGAGUCCACCGCUAGGGAUAUAUUUUGGACAAAGUACUCUGCAAGGUUUUCCCAUAGGACAGAGUGCACCUCUUGGGAUUCCCAUAGGACAGAGUUCACCGCUAGGGCUUAUCAUAGGUCAAAGUGCACUGCAAGAGGUUCCCAGAAGAAAAUCAGUAGCCCGAAGGAUUCAUAAAGGACCAAAACACUAUUGUUGUUCUGAAUGUGGGAAAUUUUUCAGUUACCAGUCAGGUCUCAGCAGACACCGGAGGAUUCACAGAGUAAAAAAAUGAUUUUCUUCCAGUAGAAAAAGUUUUUAAAAAGACAGACAAACCUCAAAACUGUGGAUUACUUUGAAACGAAAGUCUGCAUUAACGAUUUGUUUAAUGUGACGUUACAAGACUGUCUCUAAAGACUUGAUGCUUUACCUUGCGUGCGUAAGUGUUUCCGACCCCUGGUCAACUCUCUUAUUAGCGAAAUAUUGGAGACUGAAAUUUUUUGUAUAAUUAUUUUAAGACACUACAAACUAUAAACUGUUUUAAGGUAACAUUAAUUUUAUGAUGGAAAUGUAUGGAAGUAAAAUAAAAACUGAAAUAUAUUUUUUCCACUCCA